AUGGCAUGGGAUCAUUUGGAUAUCGAUAAGCCGCAUCUGGCUUACAUGAUCUUGGGUGGUUUCACAGGCCUGUUCAUGUUAUGCUCUCUCUUCGUGAAAGAGAAGCUUUAUAUUGGUGAAGCUACAGUCGCCACAUUAUGUGGUAUCAUUUUCGGGCCUCACGCGGCCAAUUUAUUCGAUCCCUCAUCAUGGGGUAAUGUCGACAAGAUUACACUCGAGUGCUCACGUAUUGUGCUGGUGGUGCAAUGUUUCGCCGUCGGCGUCGAGUUGCCCAAAGCCUACAUGGAACGCCACUGGAGAUCCGUGGUAUUUCUUCUGAUUCCAGUUAUGACCUGGGGCUGGCUAAUCACCAGUCUAUUCGUGUGGUGGAUGGUCCCUCCUCUGAACUGGCUGGAGAGUCUUAUUUGUGCCGCGUGCGUCACAGCUACAGAUCCAGUCUUGGCAUCAUCCGUCGUUGGUAAAGGUAAAUUCGCCAAGCGAGUGCCCAAGCAUUUGCGUGAUCUUCUAUCUGCUGAAUCAGGAUGUAACGAUGGCAUGGCAUUCCCAUUCAUCUACCUCUCUUUUUACAUCUGGAAAUAUCGCCCAGACACAAACAAAGUGUCUUUGAACUGGUUCUGCAUAACAAUUCUGUAUGAGUGCAUCUUUGGUGCCGUAUAUGGAUUCGUCAUUGGCUAUGCGGCACGUCAUUCUAUAAAGUGGGCAGAGCGAAAGGGUCUGAUUGAUCGAGAGAGUUUCUUGGUGUUCUACUUCGUCCUUGCUGUUUUCUGCGCUGGUUCGGGAAGUCUCCUCGGCAUGGAUGAUUUGCUCAUUGGAUUCUCCUGCGGUGUUGGAUUUAGUAACGACGGUUGGUUCACAGAAAAGACUGAAGAAUCUCAUGUCUCCAACGUUAUCGAUCUUCUUCUUAACUUGGCCUACUUUGUUUACUUCGGUGCCAUUAUUCCUUGGGAAUACUAUAACUCUCCCGAACUCGGCCUUGUUCCAUGGCGACUUGUCGUGAUUGCGCUACUGGUCAUCUUUUUCAGACGAAUCCCCAUCAUGUUACUCUUGAAACCCCUGAUACCCGACGUCAAAACAUGGCGUGAGGCUCUUUUCGCCGGACAUUUUGGUCCAAUUGGUGUCGGUGCCAUUUUCGCAGCAAUUUUGGCUCGAGCAGAGCUUGAACACGAUAGUACUUCGCCUCUUGGCGAGGCUGACUUACCCAAGCCGGGUGCGGAUAAUUAUUACAUUGUGCAGCUCAUCUUCCCUAUUACAACGUUCAUGGUCAUUUCAUCCAUUUUAGUGCAUGGUUCAUCUAUUGCCGUCUUCACACUUGGCAAGCGUAUCAACACCCUAACGAUCACGCUCUCCUACACUCAAGCGAACGAGGAUGGACCCUCAUGGAUGAAUCGUCUGCCUCGUGUGCAGUCAAUUGCAAAGGGCUCUAUGUCUUUCCGUAAGCCGGAUGAAGUGGAUGAUUCUUCGGAGGAGAAACUCCCCGAGUACCCCCCUGGAACCUUGCCUCCCAUUGGCAUGCCAGGCAAUUUCUUGCGCAGAGUCCGCGAUGAAGAGGAGACCGAUGCAACGACCUCCGAAUCUCAAAGAAAGCCCCUGCGACGACGACGCAAGAAGCAUCGCAAGCACGCUGAUGUCGGUGGUCCUAUCAGUGAAUCUGCUAUCACGCCCCGGAGACGGCAAGAGAUCGAGUCCGACGAGGAAAGAAAGGAGUUGGAAGAACGGGAUGCUGUGGAACGUGGAGCUUCUCCUCCGAAUGCUGAACGCACUCGCUUUGGCCGUGAGCCAGAGAUAGAAGCGUUCCAAGAGGGCCACAACAUGAUUAUCGAGGACGAAGAAGGCAAUGUGCUCAAGACCGAGGAUACCAGUCACCUUACGCCGGAACAACAACAGGAGCACAUUGAAGAGCAACGCAGACGACUUGAGAACGACAAGACUGGCGAGUUCGCACCAGCUCGAGGCCACCCUCACGAGAAGGAGGAAGGCGAAGAGAUCAAGGAGGAAGUUGUCAAACAAGCCGACAAAGCCCGUAGCCGAUGGACGAACUGGACAGGUCUUGGCAUGUCCCGAGGCAAAGACAAGCAAGAGGAGCCUAAGACUCAACCCAAACACAAGCCCACUCCUAUCCCCGAACCCUCCGGCAAACCUAAACAUCGUUCAGCUCAUGCUUACCAAUUCGGUAACACCAUCAUUGUGGAAGAUGAGGAUGGUGAGGUGAUCAAGAAGUACACCAUUCCCGCAGGCGACAAAGCAUCAAAGCCUAAGCCUCCUAAGCCCAUCCCCGAGGAGCAACCUGCUGGACCACCCAAUCCAGCCCCGAUCCGCCGUGGUCUCACCCGCAUGGGUACUUGGUUCGGCAUGGAAGAAGAAGGAGAAUCAUCUCAAGCCGGCCAGAAGAAGCAGAAGCCUGCUCCUAGAACUGAGACUGACGACUGGAUGACUGAUGACGGAAUUCGAUUCACAUUAGCACAAAGCACGGAUGUUGACUCCGCAGGUAUCGGCCAUAAGGGUCGUCGCAUGAACAAGCACGAAUUCUUCCAGCAGAUCAAGGGCUUGGAUGCCAAGGGCCGUCGUGAUAUAGUGCAACAAACCGAUGCUCCUGCCGAAGUCAAAGAAGCAGCCCAGGACGAUGCUAAGAUACAAGAAAAGACGGAGCGCCGCCUUUCUUCUGUCGCCGCAGCCGCCGCUACAGGCACAAUCCCGGAGACGGAAGAAGAGCUCGAAUCCGAGUCUGUUACCGAUAGCCAGCUUAGCAGCGAAGAGGAAUCAGACACCGACACCCCGCAAAAUGCUCCUAACGUUGCUGCAUCCCUUGCCAAAUGGACCAGAGGCACAUCCGCUCAAGAACGUCGAAGCAAUCUCAGUCCUGCACCGCCUCGUGCCCGCCUUCGCCGUGACUCCGACGACGAUGGCACCGAGCGUAUUCCACCAUCCGCUCUCCGUCAAGCCGCAGGUCUUACUGCCCCACCCCGCCAACGAGAAGACGAUACAGGCGAAACCCCCGCUGAGCGACGUCGUCGUCUGGCUGCCCUCGGUCAAACCCACGGUGACUCUGAAUCCGAGUCUGACGCUGAUGCCGAUGAUGCUGAGGCCGACGACGUAAUCGAAGAAGCCUCGGAUAGUGAAGACGACGGCGAACCACGCCAGAUUCCUCCAUUGGGCAAGGUACAAUUUGCCGAUGAACCCAGACCAUCUGAGCAGUCCAGUCCUAGUGGUGAACAAUCCUCAAGCUCUGGGUCCGGUUCAGGCUCCGGUACACGAUUCACACCUGGCCAUCGUCCACGCGUCUCUUGGGGUGGUGAGAAGGGUCGUGAUAUUUAA